AUGAAAGAAAAGAAGUGCUUCCCACCUGAGACGACGUCACUCACGGAUGCGAUCGAUUUCUAUUUCCAACUGUGCUCUAUAGAAGGCACCUGUGAAUCCUUGAGCGUAAUGGCAGCUACGCUGGCCAAUGGAGGUGUCUGUCCCAUCACGAAUGAGAUCUGCAUAGAUUCAAACCCCUGUCGAGAUGUGUUAUCUCUCAUGUACAGUUGUGGUAUGUACGACGCGUCGGGGCAGUUUUCGUUUUCGGUAGGCCUACCGGCAAAAUCCGGUGUGUCGGGCGUGAUGAUCGUAGUGGUGCCGAAUGUGAUGGGCAUAGCGCUUUGGUCACCACCGCUGGACAAACUGGGAAACAGCCGUCGUGGUGUCGAGUUUUGCAAGAAACUCAUCGCCAAGUUCAACUUCCACAACUACGAUUGCCUUUUGCACACUACGUCAAAUAAGAUUGAUCCACGACGUCGGGAUAUCCGUGAACGGGAUGCGGUGAUGCCGGCGAUGUAUGUGGCUCGAUCGAGGGAUAUGGUGGCUUUACGCAGGUUAUAUAUGCAAGGCGUGGAUCUCUCCACCAGCGACUACGAUCGUCGUACUCCGUUACAUGUGGCAGCCAGUGAAGGUGAUCUCAACAUGGUGAAAUUUCUGGUCAACGUAGCCAAAGUGGAUGUAGACGCUCGUGACAGAUGGGACCGAUCUCCCUUGGACGAUGCUCGAUUUUUCAAACACGCCGCUUGCGUCGAGUUCUUGGAACGUGCUGUCGCACGGCCUGAAGCACGACGUACACAAUCACUGUCCUCCGCUGAUUCUGAAUCUGAAGACAAUCUUGAAAUCGGCCAUCGACUAAUAUUCGGUCUUGACACAUCGGACCACAACACACCGACAUGA